GUCUACAGGAGAGGAAAUGUUGGCUAAUAGUUGAAGGAAGGCUCUUUGACUUCCUCUUUUCUCAUUCUACCAGUUCUAUGUUGAAUUACAGCUUGGAAACUCCUAGUUGAGAUCUAAAUUGGAUCUACAGUUGCUGAGAGAACUCCUCACUCUUCCCAAUCUCCCUGGAGCUUACCCUCAUGCUGCUGUGGACAUCUUUCUUGGUCCUUGGUUUGGUCAGCAGGCAAGCAUUUACUGCAAAGAAAGCCAUUGUGCACCUCAGCCCUCCGUGGACCACUAUCUUCCAGGGAGAGAAAGUCACCCUGACCUGUGAUGGAUUCAACUCCUCCAUACCCAGAACAUGGUGGUACAAAAAUGAACAGAGGCAAAAAACACGGUCCACAAAAAGCAUUGUGAUCCAACAGCCUGGAAUGUACAGAUGCCAGAACCAAGACUCAACCCUCAGUGACCCUGUGCACCUAGUAGUUUCUUCUGAUCCGCUGAUCCUGCAGACCCCAUAUUCUGUGUUUGAAGGAGACACAUUGACCCUGAAGUGUCGAGGACGAUAUGCUGAGAGAAUCAGAAAUAUUACAUACUAUAAGGAUGGAAAGAUAUUAUCUUAUUUCCUUAAAACCUCUGUCUUCGUCAUCCCACAAGUUGGUUUAAGCCACAGUGCCCAAUAUCACUGCACAGCGACUACUGAUCUAUUGCAAAUAUUUCAGCAGGAAAUAAGUUCAAGAAAGGUAGCGCUCCAAAUCCAAGAACUGUUUCCACCCCCUGAGCUGAAAGUCACAAGCUACCAGCCCAUAGAGGGGACCCCAAUAGCCCUGAGCUGUGACACCCAGCUCCCUCCACAAAAGUCAGACACCGAGCUGCACUUCACCUUCUUCAGAGAUGGCAGGACCAUCACAUCAGACUGGAUGAGGUCCCGGGUGCUUCAAAUCCCAGCCAUCUGGAGGGAAGACUCAGGGUCCUACUCGUGUGAGGCCAGAGCAGUGGCUCAGGACAUUCGGAAACAGAGCAAAGGCGUGAAGAUCAAUGUGAAAAGAAUCCCCAUCUCUGGCAUCUUAAUGAAGAUACAGCCCUCAGGGGGGCAGGUGACUGAAGGAGAGAAAGUGGUCCUCAUCUGCUCAGCAGCUCAGGGCACAGGGAACAUCACAUUCUCCUGGAACAGGGAAGGCAUUCAUUCAAGUCUAGGAGAGAAGACUGGACGUUCCCUGGAGGAGAAGUUUGUGCUCUCUGAUGUGAAUAAGAAUGAUGCAGGGAAGUAUUACUGUACUGCUGACAACAGCAUCAGCAGCAUCAGCAGCCAAAUGACAGAUGUCAUUGUAAUAAGUAGAAAUCUUCCCCCCCAAUUCAACUCAAGAGAAAAGAUUCGUCCCUUGGCCCUUGGACUGAUUGUGAUUCAAUUCAUUAUGGUUGGCCUCUGUGCUUCCGCACUUCUAUUUUUCUUUGGACCUUGGAGUAAACUAGGGAAUUGUUAGUCACAGAUACCUGGGCAAGUCAUUUAAUCCUGUUUAUAUCAGUUCCUCAUCUAUAAAAUGAGCUGGAGAAAGAAAUGGCAAACCACAUCAGCAUCUACCAAGAAAAUCCUAAAGGAGGACACAAAGGGCAGGACAUGACUGAAAAAUGACUGAACAACAAAAAAAUUGUUAGUUAACUUUUCACAUAUCAUGUAGGUCUUAUACUGACCCCUUUGAGAACAGAUCUCAUCCUACUUUUUUGGAUUAUGCACUCACUUAAUCAACAAGCAUUAAUUAAUACUAUUAUACUAUUUAUUGAUACUUGCAAGAUUUAAAUUAAUGUCCAAUACUUUAAGUAUUAUUUUUAUAAAGUCUAUUAUCUGACAAAAUAGAACCAUGUGACUAAGUUUUCUACCUACUCAAAAUGCCUGCUCCACCAAAGCCACCAACAGGAAGGAAAAGAGAGCUAGACACAAAACUCCACCCAAUUUAUCUCCUGUCUACAUCAGCACGUAAUGACAGGAGGUAAGUGGACUCCUGGGAAUCAUAGUUUUUAGGGUAACAGUUUCUAAUUUCACUAACUACUAUAUGCCAAACUCUAUGCUAACUGCUAGAGAUGCAAAGACAAAAAUAAAAUAGUCCUCAUUCUAAA